GAUAAUAAAAUUUUAUCAGUGUCUUUUCCCCGAGUAUGUGAUUAAAGAUAUGCAGACGCCACUCUUUAUACUCGAUUCACUUUUCGACCUGUACCAGAUAAAAGAAAUGUUAGCACCUUUUGUUGGUGGUUGUAAGGAGCAAUGGGAUGAUUGCACUACCAAUUUAACACUAUGCACAUCAUCCCAACUUCAAAUAAUGAAAGAUCAUCGGACAGCGUUUUUAGAAACACUGCAAGAAGUCGAAAGCCCGUCGCUCGGAAUAUUUGUUCACACUUGCUUUCUUCAUACACACGUCCUCGACAAAGAUGGAUGGAGGUGCUCGUUUGUGGCGCGUAAUGUGUUGGCAAAGAAGACAAUCGAGGAGGCUAUUGAUGAUUGGUACUACGAUCGAAGCUCGUUUCAGCAGAUAGAUACUUAUACUACCGUGCCUAGAAAUUGUACUGUGUCACGUGAUAAUGACAUAAUGAACCAAAGAUGUUUGCACCCCAAGCACGUGCACCCCAUGUAUUAAGUUGUAUGAUCAACCAAUUAAUAAUAAUAAUAAUAAAAAAAUUAAUUAAAUAUUGAAUUUCUCUAUUUCUGUUUUUUUUUUUUAUUGUUAUUAAUGGCAAGAAUAUUAAAUUUCUCCAUUACUGCAAGAAACAAUACUGUCACUUAUUUAGAUUAAUUUUCAUAAACUUAAUUAUUAAAUAAAUGAAAAUAUUUAUAAU